AUGGUUGAGACACAAGCCAAGCCCCUGAGAUCAAUUGAGGUAGUUAGGUCUGUUGAUGUAGAAAAGGUUGUGCUACAAAAGCUAGAAGACAAGAUCAUCAGGCAUCUAAGGCCUUUAUAUGUCAGAGCUUAUUUAGACGGGGUGCUAGUGGAAAGGGUGUUGGUUGAUAAUGGAGCCAUUGUCAACAUUGUUCCUUCUAAGACACUGAAAGCUAUUGGGAAAUCUGUCGAUGACUUGCUUCCUACUGAUGUGAACAUAAGUAAUUUUGCUAGUGGAUCAUCUGAGGAGAGGAGUAGUGGCUUUACAACUUUAGGUAGAGAUUGGAUACACCUUAAUGGUUGUGUACCCUUUUCUCUACAUCAAGCAUUGAUCUUCUUAACCAGUGGUGGUAAAGGAGAGAUCGAAGUUUACUGGGCAGAUGCAAAUCCCUUUGUUGCUGAUGUUAAUAACGUAGAAGCUGUGUUGUAUGAUGAGGAUUUGGGUCCAAUUGUGAUUGAUGAGGAAGAAGUUAAGUCCCAGGGAAAAAGUUUGACAAAUGAGGAGUUUAAGGCCUUUGUUGAGGAAGGUACAACUGGAACAUUUGAUGACCUCAAGACAGAUGUGCAGGAUCCUUUGGAAGAAUAUAACUUAGGGAGUAAGGCUUGUAAGAGGCCCAUCUAUGUAAAUGCUAAGAUAUCUAAUGAAUGUAAGAGCAAACUAGUUGGUUUGCUUUCUAAGUAUAUGGAUUGCUUUGUAUGGAAUUAUGAAGAAAUGCCUGGAUUAGAUAGAGCAUUGGUAGAGCAUAGUCUCCCAAUUAAAGGAAAUUUUUUUCCCCAUAAGCAACCACCAAGAAGGAUGACUAAUGAAGUCACCUUAUUGGUCGAUGAGGAAAUUAAAAGUUUGCUCAAAGCAGGUUUUAUUAGAACAAACAGGUAUGUUGAGUGGUUGUCUAAUAUUAUCGAUGUUAUGAAGAAAAAUGGCAAGUUAAGAGUGUGUAUAGACUUCAGAAAUCUGAAUCUAGCAACUCCCAAGGAUGAAUAUCCUAUAUCGGUGGCUAACUUAUUACUAGACUUAGCAGCCAAGAAUAAGAUUUUGUCUUUUAUGGAUGGUCAUGCUGGGUAUAAUCAGAUUUUUAUUAACCUAGAGGAUACACACAAAACAGCAUUCAAGUGUCCUGGUGCUUUAGGGAUUUGA